AUGGGGUCAGCUGACCCCCCUCCUCAUAUGCUGCCUCCGCCCCUGGUCACAAGUCGCUCCAAGUUUCAAAAGUCUCAAGUUAUCGUUUCGCGGUUUGUGCUCGAGCUUGAAAUCGACCUUACCGCCGCUCAAAACCCGAUGAUCACGGCUCUUCCAAAGAGUAUGUACACUUGCGAGACACUAAGUUGUUUGAGGCUAAAGGCUCUUGUACUCGAUGAUAUACCUGAAGACUAUCCAAUCUGUCUUUCAUCGCUUAAUUAUUUGUACAUCUCCGUGUCUAUUCAAGUGUCGGCUGACAAAUUUAUUGGCAAGCUCUCGGCUGGUGCUCCUCUUCUCAAAAAGACAGUGGUGCAAGGUCCUGUCUAUGGUGAUGAUUUUCUUGAUUCUAUGACAAGUUAUAGCGAGCUGAGGAGCUUUACAACGUGCUUAUCAGAGUGGGGUCCCACCGUCGACUCUUACUUUAAUAAGCUUGAGCAUUUGUGUAUGUGCACAUGUUCCUCUGGAUGGUGGGAUUUGUUAAUCAAUUUUCUUCAACGUUCCCCUAUAUUACGCCAACUCCAGCUAAUAAAGUCUUGCAACUCGCGGCCUCUGUCUUCUUGGAAUCAGCCAGGUUUUACUAGUACUACUCAUGUUCCGGAAUGUUUGUCAACAACGCUUCAAACCUUGGAGUGGAGAGAUUAUGCAGAAACUGAAUUUGACAUGCCGGUGGUCUCUUUUCUCCUUAAGAACGCUACACGUUUAUCCGAGGCCAAGAUCUUCCCCGAAUCAGCUGCCGGUCCAAUUGAGAAGCUUAGAAUCCGCACUGGCCUGGCAAAGUUAUCUAGAGGUUCACCUUUAUGUCAUCUUAACUUAGGGAAUUAA